GCUGUCAAUGAUUUUAUCAAAUUUUUCUUCCAUCCCAAACAGGAACAUGUCUACCAGUAUCGUUCCUUAGAAAUCCCUUCGAUUAGUGGCAUCGGUACAGCUCGGGGAUUGGCCAAGUUGUAUGCUAUAUUAUCUAAUGGAGGUGAAUGGAAUGGGAAAAGAUUAUUAUCAAAUAAUUUAGUCAAGAAAUUCAGAGAAUGUCACGAACCAAGUGAAGAUCGAACAUUAUCUUUAGUGAAUCAUUUUUGUCACGGUAUGCAUCACCACAUUCCAAUCCAGGAUGUUCCAAAAAGUUAUACAGAGAAUCUUGUUGGUCACGCUGGACAUGGAGGUCAAAAUGCCUUCUUUGAUGAAGAAAAUCAUCUUUCAUUUGCAUACAUUACCUCCAAGUUAUCUCCCUAUGGUAUGGGUGAUGAUACAAGAUACCAAGCACUAGUCAAGACGGUUUUUAAAAUAAUAGAAAAAAUAAAGAACAAAUAGACAUUUUUGUUCAAAACAAGAGAAUAGGUGAUUUUCUGCUCACUGCUAAUUUUGAGUAAUGCUGCAAAAAUUGAACGAUUUGAUCAUGAAUUUUUUUUAUAGGUUAAUGCCAAAAUGUGAUCCUUCCGUG